AUGUCCUAUCUCGAAGCAGUAGAACCGCACAAGACCGCAAGUAGGACUCGCACUUCAAGCUCUAGCCCACCAAACAAAAUCCAGGAACAGAAGAAGUUGCUGGUGUCGGAUUUAGAUCAAACCCUUGUACACAUCACAAUCAGUACUGGAUCACUUAACAAGCCAUGUGAUUUUUCAUUUACUAUAGGGGAGCGCACUUGUUAUGUCUUACUGAGGCCGUAUGUUCGCAAGUUCUUGGAAAGGGUCUCUGAGUUGUUUGAUGUAGCCAUCUUCACUGCAAGUGGCAGAGGUUAUGCGGAUCCAACAAAUUUUUGCAUGCAGAAAGACAAUGGCAUUCCAAUUGCAAGUUGGUAUUCUGAUCCACAAGAUAAAGAACUCUCUACAAUACUCCCUUUCUUAAAGAGGUUGGCUGUUGCAGAUGAUGUAAGGCUUAUCAUUGCCGAGAGAUCAAAUCAUUACAGAAGGAUUUUCUGGUUGAAGCAUUUAGCUACUCAAAAGCUGAAUCAACAGGAAGGAAACACAUAA